AUGGCUGCAUCUUCGAUUGCAAUCUCCCCAAGAAAGCUUCGAUCCCAUCUCUACUCUUUUUCCUAUCAUAGUGACGCAAACACUCCACUGGUGAUAUCAGUUCUCGCUUCUCUUAUUGAGAGAACAAUGGCCAGAAAUGAAAGGAUUGCCAACAACUGUAGAGGGGCAGUGAGAAGCAAAGUUUUCGAUUGCCAUGAAGCACCAGACAUGACUAUUCAAUCCUACCUGGAGAGAAUCUUCCGGUACACCAAAGCCGUACCAUCAGUUUACGUUGUUGCAUAUGUAUAUAUUGAUCGAUUUUGCCAGGCAAAUCCUGGGUUUCGGAUUACUCCUAAAAACGUACAUAGGCUUCUCAUUACAACUAUUAUGGUGGCUUCCAAGUAUGUCGAAGACAUGAAUUACAGGAACUCGUACUUUGCACAGGUGGGAGGAUUGACAACCAAAGAAUUGAAUACGUUGGAGGUUGAGUUGUUAUUUAUGAUGGGAUUCAAGUUGCAUGUGAAUGUGAGUGUGUUCCAGAGCUAUUGCAGUCACUUGGAGAGGGAAGUGAGCAUUGGAGGAGGAUACUACAUUGAGAGGACUAUAAAUUGUGCUGAAAUUUUCAAAGUAGCACAAGGAAUAUACAAUAAAAAUGCUCGCAUUAUGUUGUAA